UUUGCGCAUGGACGUGUGCCCCCACCCGUUAUUUACGUGGUUCAAAUAAAAAUCUUAAAUAGUCGUUAAUGUCAAGUGUAUUUUCACAGAUUAUAAAGGUGUAUUUUGUGUGAAAAUUUGUUGAAAUAGGUACUUAAAGUAUCUACAUUAGAAAAUUGUUUCAAGUUUUCACCAAUUCAAGGUAUAGGAGUAGCCAAUGUUUUUGUCACAUAUCCAAAGAGGGUAAAACUGCUAAACAGCAAAACAAGUAUAUUGAAAUAAAUAAAUAUAGGGAAGAAUUAGCAAAUAACAGAAUGGAGAAAAAAACUAUGUUGGUGCAAGAUAUAUUACAUUUGAUAAACAAAGAUUUACCUAAAAAAUUCCACAGAACGACUCUGUCCGAAAUGAGUCGAUUAGGAACAUCAAAACAAAUAGAAAUGAAAAUAGGAAAGUUUAUAUUGGAACGGCAUUCAAAUAAUUUAUCAGAUGUCAUUGGUGUUCCAGUAUACAAUUUAAAUAUAUACAAUCGACUUUGGAAUUGCUUUGUUGCUGUAAAAUGGCCUGAACCAGUUGUUUUGCUUGGCGUUGGUAUGAAUUGUGAGAAUGCUUACCAUGAUGCUUUGGUGGGGGCCAUGAUUUGGCUGGAGUGGAAAUUUAACAGUCAAAUUGUUGAGAGUGUUGAAAUGAGGGUUGCCAAGUCCUUUAAAGCUAAUGUAUUGGAGAGACUUGGCUCAUCGGUUAAAAAGCCUGAAGUCUUGGUUAAUCAGCCCAUUCAACCUCCUAACCAACCUAAAGCUAGUGUAUGGGAUAGACUUGGCCCACCUUUUAAUAAGCCUGAAAUACCGCGUAAUCUGCCCAUUCAACCUUUUAUUUUCCAAGGACAAAACCGUAAACCAGAAACCCCAGUCAAUAAGUUUAUUCCGCCAAGUAAGGUUGAAAAAAGGCUUGUUGCCAUAGUAAAGCCUGAAACUCCAGGAAGUUGGUCUCCUAUUGCACAAAAAACAUCACAACCAAAAAAUGUUAACAAUAACAAUAAUAAUAAUGUUUUUACAACAAGUCUUCAAAAAUCAAAAAAAAACCCAAAAACAGCCAUCACCGAAAUGAAAACCGAUAAGGUUCAUAUAAACGUGAACAAAUCGUUUCUGAAACGAUUAUUGCUGCAAACGGAGAUGUCGAACAAAGUCACAGGACGUCGUUCAUUCAGCACGAGUACAGAGGAUAAAAAGCCUCCAGCGGCCGAACCAAUCGAAGUCUCAUACGACGAAAGCGACAGCUCCAAACAGACCGCGAAACUGUUUCCGCAGCCGAAAAACGCCUUGCACAACAUGUUCGACAUUCUGGCGACCGAGCUGCGCCAAAAAGACCUGAAAGCCAUGCCCAAGUACAAGUUGAUCCACCAAGACAAGGCGUCGCAUUGGACCUGCUUGUACCACUUGAAGUGGCCCUGCGAGAUCAAGGUCACUGCGGAUAGCCGGACUAAGCAGGAAGCUUCGAGAAAAGCUGCAAUAGCGGCGCUUACGUGGUUCUUCGCCAACAAAAAAAUCAGCAGCGACGCCCAACCGCUGGUUGUCGAUAAAAAUCAAAUCAAACAGCUCCAUAAAGAUACUUUGCCGGUUUUGAAGUUAUCCGACGGUGUUAAGAGGCAUCUAGCGGGAAUUUACGAUUUACACAAAUCGAGAUUCGAGCCUGUUUUACUGCAGGAAGCUGAAGAGCGUAGAAAUAAAGGUGUUACCAACGUUGCGGAUGAACCCGUAGUUCAACCAGACCUGCCUGUGUUACCUAACGUGAGAAAGCAAAGAUUUAUUUCUUUUGAGAAGUAUAAGGCAAAAGAAGCGGUCAAAUUACCCAUCAGCAAAUACAAAGAUGAUUUUAUCAAGUUACUUAAAAACAACAAUGUGAUAGUUCUAAAGGGUGAACCAGGUUGUGGUAAGAGUACCAGAAUACCCCAGUAUGUCCUAGAAGCUUGGGCAAAGGAAGAUGGUUUGAACGGAAAACCUUGUAGAAUAGCUGUUACACAACCUAGAAGGAUAGCUGCUAUUACAUUGGCUGAAAGAGUAUCUCAGGAAAGAAAUGAAGCGCUGGGUACAAUUGUCGGUUACCACGUCCGCCUGAAAAACAACUUCAGCGAGGCCACCGGCAGGGUGCUCUACUGCACCACCGGCAUCCUCCUGAGGCGGCUCCAGUCCGACCCGACGUUGUCGAGUUUCACGCACGUGCUGCUCGACGAAGCUCACGAGCGCGACGUCAACACCGACCUGCUCAUGAACCUGCUGCGCGACUCGUUGAAAACCAAUCCGGAUCUCAAGGUCGUAGUCAUGAGCGCCACCAUCGACACCGAUCUGUUCCAGAGGUACUUCGAUGGCGCUCCCGUGAUGGAGAUACCCGGUUUCGCCUAUCCGGUCAAGCGGUACUUCUUGGACGACUGUCACAUGGACGUUCGCAGGACUUUGAAAAUGUGCGGCGGUUCCUCGCCCAGUGUGAUUCACGACGACGUUGCCAGAGUUAUCAGCUAUAUACACAAAUCGAAAGACGAAGGUGCAAUUUUGGUGUUUUUACCUGGUUGGGACGACAUUAAAAAACUACAAAAUGUUCUACCAUUUGAUGGUACUUUGUCAUUGUAUUGUUUACAUUCAAGGUUAAAUGUAGAAGAGCAAUUUAAAGUAUUUUCACGGCCUCCACCGGGUGUGAGAAAAUUAAUAUUAGCUACAAAUAUAGCAGAAACAUCCGUUACCAUUGAUGAUGUUGCAUAUGUGGUUGAUACUGGUAUUUUCAAGCAAAACCGCUUUGACAUGGAAAAAGGCUAUAAUUGCAUCGACUCCCAUUGGAUUUCGAAGGCAAGUUCGACGCAAAGAAAAGGCCGCGCCGGUCGAGUGAAACCGGGCGAGUGCUUUCAUUUGUACACCAAAUCGGCCUUCGAAAAAUUCGACGAUUACUCCAUGCCCGAAAUUUUGCGAACGUCCCUCACUAAAAUCGUUUUGGAUGCCAAAGUGAUCAGCGACAACAUGGACGCGCUGGAGUUUAUGAGUCGGUUGCCUUGUCCGCCCGAAAGUGGCUCCACCUUGCGGGCAGUGGACGAUCUAAAAGGUUUGGAUUUAUUGGACGAUUCCGAGAAGAUUACCCCUCUAGGGAGGACUUUGUCCAACUUCCAGGUUGAGCCGAAAUUGGCGAAGGCGAUGGUGAAUUCGGUGGUCUUCAAGUGCGCGACGCCGAUAAUCGACAUUGUGACGCUUUUUUCCGCGGAUUCCGAGCUUUUUUCGCUUGGUCUGUCCGACAAAGAGGCCACGCAGAAAGUCAAGAGGCAAUUCAGCCGUAGCAGCGAUCAUCUGGCUCUCAUGAGGAUAUUCGAAAAGUACCUGGAGUUUGUGGAAGAGGGGGAUAGGUUUAUGCUGGAAAAGUUCUGCAGGGAAACUGAGCUGAUUCCCAACAGAUUGGUCACAGUGGAAAAGUUGAGGAAGCUGCAUUUUGACUACUUGUACAACGGUUUAUAUGACGUACUCCCAGUUUCCGAUGAUUUCUCAGAUAACGAUGAAUUAGUUAAAGCUGUGCUCUAUUCUGGAAUCGGUACUGUUUUGAAACAUCGCAACUGGGAUGUGGUCAAGAACAGAACAAAAAAUAACGUGAAUGUUUUGCUGACUAGGCAUGACCAAAAAGCAACAAUCACCCCUGAAAGUGUUAACUGCAAGAGAACGAAAUAUCCUUCAAAUUAUUUAUUGUACAUAAACGAAACCAGAUCAAACAUAAGAAAAACUACCAUCAUUAGAGAGUCAAGUUUGAUUUCUGAUUUAACAGUUUUAUUGUUUACUCACAAGAAAUUGCUUUUGGUUGAUGUUUUAGAGCAGGAACAAUCCAGCAAGAUCAAAAGCAAAAAUCAAGUAAAAAUCCGUGUUAAAGAUACAAAUAUAGAGUUUUUAUGUGAUAAAGGGGAUGCAGAAAAUAUACUGCGCUGUAAAGAGGCCUUAGAGGCCAUAUAUGAAUAUUAUAUUGAAAAACUUACACAGAGUGCAGAAAUCAAUGAAAAUGUGAAUGAUUAUUGGGAUUCAAUCCUCACUAGUCUCACUGAUAUACUCACUGAAAUAGAAGUUAAUUAAAUUAAGUUUAUAGUUUUAUUUUGUUUGACUUACAUAUGUUUUGUUAGGUAUACCUAUAGGUACAAUAAGAAAGUUAAUAUUUUUGUUAAUAAGAAUAAAAUUGUUGAAAACUUGUUGAUUUAUUAUGUUGAUGUUUUAAUAUAUUUUUGACUAAAAACCUGUUUUUAUUUAGCCUUUAACUAUAAAAAUACAAUUUAUUUUAAAACAAUUAACAAAACUGUUUAAAACAAAAAGUUUACUUUUAAUUCAGGGUCUUAAUUUAGAAUAGAAAAAAAGAAGAAAUUAGAAUUGAACUGAGAUAGAUAACCUCAAUUAUUUGUAUUCAAAUU